AUAUAGUGCAUUUAAAUGUAAAAAAUAAAAAGUAUUGCAGUUUAGGAAUGAUAUGAAAUAGUAAUGUAGAUACAUAUUUAGUAGCACAUUGCAUAAAGGAAUAUGAACAUACGUGCAACUAACAUGGAUAAUGCGGCGAUUGUAAGCAGUAUUUUAGUACACAACGUUAUUUGCUAUGGAAGGAUGCCAGGAAAUAUUUUGGGUCUGACAUGACAACAGCUAAAUAAAGCUGUUGGAAUUCCACAUUCCAGAGGAAAGAAAAAAUUGAAAAUUACGAAGGAAACCAAGAUGGGAAGUACAUGCUGCAAAACGGUAGUUGGGUUACAGCCAGGACGAAUUUCAAAUACCCCAAGGACAGUUCAAAGGAAAAUUAAUGUGGUGCCGAUGCCAACGGGACUAAACCGGUCGAGAGAGGAAUCUUUAGAUCAAGAAACUGAACACUUGAUAAACAGCAGAGCGAUGUAUGAAGUUUCCACAUUAAAUUGCACAAAGAACAAUCCUAAAAAUGAAUUGGAAAGCAGUGGAUACUCUUCGGGUACCAAGGCAACAGGAUCAGACACACCGAUAUUUGAUGAUAAACAGUCUUCUGAAAACCCGUGUGACCAAUCAUCCGACAUAUGGUCAAACAACACGGAUGAUUUAGCACAACACACUUGUGACGAUGAAAGUUCCAGACAGUUUGAAUGUUGUGACGAUAGUGAUAAUCAUGUCGAAUCUGAGGAAAAGAAUGGCCUGAAUCAGCAAGAAAAAGAUCGAUUAUUGAUGAAUUUUACGUAUCUUAAAUGUCAACUAGAUCCUGUAUUUUUGCUAGAUUACUUCAUUGAAAACAAUAUAUUCACUGAUGAUCAAGCAGAACAAAUUAAAUUGGCAGGAUGUAGAAGAGAUCAAGUGGAUUUGUUCUUACGGACACUUCUUAUGUGUAGAAGUUGUUCAGCAUACAGAGUUUUAAUGACAUCACUCGACAAAAUCCAUUGCAAACACAUACGGACACGUUUAGAGUCGGAAAGUACGAAAAUGUAUUUACCAGAUGACAUAAACCUAACAUUGAGAAAGGCACAGGAGACUUUAAGCAAACGUAGAAAAGCAAUCGUUGCUCAGCUAGAAGAUCCUAUAAUCAUUGCAGAAUAUUUUGUCGUGCACCGAGAAUUCUCUCUGGAUGAAUACGAAUUAAUAUUCAAUGAGAAAACAAGAAAGGGUCGAGCAGAAAAGUUACUCGAUACAGUUCUAGAAAGAAAUCAUAUCCAGCGCAGUUAUAUUAUACUCAGUCACGCCCUUAUAAAAGAAGGCUACACUACUUUGAAAGAAAAUCAAGAAGAACAAGAGGAGACAAAUGCAAAGGAACUUGACGAUAACAGCACUGUUUACGAACUUGUAUCACAUGGAAACACGGCAGUAGACUCGUCAUCGGAAGUUGAAGAGGAUGAUGUAAUACGUAUAACGGUAAAUGUGGAUGCCAGCACUAAGCUUAAGCAUAAAAAGGAAAAACGCAUUGUUUCAAAGGCAAACAAAUACAAAAUUAAACUUACUUUAAACAAUAAACUUUUAUGUGAUACUGAAUGUCUGAUUUCUGACACUGAAAAGGGUAGUAUAGUUAUUUGGAUCAAAGGCAGCAGAAAGGGAGCAAUACAGCGCUUGCUUAAAGCUGGUACAAAAGAAAGUGUUUCCAAGCUACUGAGGAUGAUUUUUUCUCAUCCGGAUAUCUUAAAAGAAAUCCAUGCAACAGCUACACAACUGCAAGUCAAAGUAGAGCUAAUACCAGAACAAAGGAAAGCAAUCAAAGAUAAGAUCACUGGUCCAAAAGAAAUCAUUGUAUCUAACUUCUCAUUUCUUGUUGAAGAGCUAGAUGCUGUCUGUUUUCUCUAUUUGGACAUAUUCACAAAAGAAGAGAAAGAAAGCAUAUUAGCUGAAAGAGUUUCAUCUCGCGCAGAAUGCACAAAGUUGAUGCUUAAUUUUACACUCGCAAAGACUGAAGAAGAACAACUGAAAUUCCUCCAUGAACUACAGGAAAAGAAACGUUUUGUGUGGAAUCACAUUCAUACAACAGAGCGUACAGAAAGCUUCGACGACGAUGUCUUAAUGACAGAUUACAAGCACUUUGUUGAAAACAUGUCUCCGUCAGUUAUAGUCGGCCACUGCGUUGAAAGAGGAGUUCUCAACACAACUCUGCUGUAUAAUACAUCAUUUACUGGGGAACACCGUGAAACAUGGGCACAAAUAAUAAUGCAAGAAAUUCUGUUGCAAGACUACAGGAAGAGGAAUGAGUUUUUGCGAAUCCUUACCUCUCUUAACCAAAUCCCUCCGCAGAUAUCACCCUUACUAAAAGAAACAGCUGUUGAAGGUCCACCGACAGUUUCGACCGAUGUCAGAAUGAUAUUCGAGGGAACUUAUCGCCCAGUUGGAAGUAAAGAAAAAGAUACACAAGUUGGAAGUAAAGAAACAGAUGCACAAAGGGGGUUAAGUGAAAAUACUAAAGACAGUUUUAGGGAUGACGAGAGUGGUUACCAGUCAUUGUCAUUCAGAGAACGACGAUCACCCCACUGGAAUAAUCCAGAAUGGAGUGAGGAAAAUGGCAGUUAUGAUUAUAAUUCUUUGAAUGACUUAUCAAGGUCAGAAGAAGUUUUGCAGGAGACACCGAUAUUCAGGCGAGCUUCUACCAUGGAAAGAGAUAUACCCAUGCAAAAGAAAUCUAAGCUGCCACCGAUUGCGCACUACCAUAAAAGAUCAAGAAUACCUCGGAGUCGGAGCCUGCCACCGCGACCUCUUCUACCACUUUCCGGAGUUACACCAACGGAAUCAGAAGAAGAACUACAAAUGAACCUUCCCGGAAUUCUAAAUGAGCAAAAACAGAGCAUAGAAGCCCUUUCUGUAUCUCCAUUUAUCCAAAAGAAAAUAAAAGAACAAGAAACUAAAAAGUGCAUUGAGAAAUACGAUGCUAAAAUUGAGAAACUGCCACAUAACUAUAACUAUGUCACAGACAUAGAAUGCGGAUGUUUUCCGAUGAAGAAAUGAUAAGUUAAGCAAGGAAUGUAUGGGAUCCUCCCCUACUUUAAAAUAAGGUUUGAUACAUCGGAAUCACAAAUUUUUAUAUUUAAGCUCACCUGAGCUUUGUUCAGGUGAGCUAUUAGACUAUGUGGAUAGUCCGGUGUCCUUCGUCAAUCGUCCGACGCCCUGCGUCAACAUUUUUACUUGAACAUCUUCUCCUCUGACACUUCUAGUCAGAAUUGCACCAAACUUGGUCAGUAGCAUGGACUUGUCAUGCUUGUUCAAAUGGUCCACCUUGGUCCCUUUUAGGGGCUGCCAGAGCUACAGUUAUGAAAACUUUUAAAGAACUUCUUGUCGUGAAUCUCCUCAAACUUGGUCUGUAACAUGAUUAUAAGAUCUUCGCCCAAAUUGUUCGAAUCGUGGCUCUAUGCCCUCUAGAGCUGAAAAUAAAAAUACCUUUAAAAGAUUUCUUCUCAUGAACCGCUGAAAGGAUCUUCAUCAAACUUGGUUUGUAGCGUCAUUGUAACGUCGUCUCCAAAGUUUGUUUAAAUGGGAGCACUUGGCCCCUUUAGGGGCCGCUAGAGCUAAAAUUAGAAAUUCCUUUAAACAACUUUUUCUCAUGAACCGUUAAAUGGAUCUUUAACAAACUUGGUAUGUAGCAUGAUUAUAAGGUCGGUCAUUUCCCAAUUUUAUUCAAAUGUAGGCACUUGGCCCCUUUAAAGGACCAUUACAGCUAAAAAUAGAAAUACAUUUUAAAGACUACUUCUCAUGAACCGCUCAAUGGAUCUUCAUCAAACUUGGAAUGUAGCAUAAUUAUAAGGUCCUCCCUCAAUUUUGUUCAAAUAUUGGCACUUGGCCCCUUUUAAGGGCCGCUAGACCGAAAAUUAGGAAUACCUAUAAAUGACUUCUCAUGAAUCGCUGGAUGAAUCUUCAUCAAUCUUAGUAUAUGAUAAUCAAUGUAGCAUGAUAAUAAGGUCCACUCCAAAAUUUGUUCAAAAGGUGGGCACUUGGCACCUUGUACGGGCAACUAGAACUAAAAAUUGAAAUAAAAACAUUUAAAAUACUUCUUUCCAUGACCUGCUUGAUUGAUCUUCAUCAAACGUGGUCUGUAGCAUCAUCAUAAGGUCCUCUCAAAAGUUUUAUCAAAUGGGGGCACUCGGCCUCUUAUAGGGGCCACUAGAGCCAAACGUUAAAAUACCUUUAGACGACAUUUUCUUAUGAGCAGCGUAAUGGAUAUCUAGCAAGAUUGGUCUAUAUCAUCAUUAUAAGGCACUCUCUCAAUUUUGUUCAAAGGAGGUCACUUUGUCUCUUUUAUUGGCCGCUACAGCUAUUAUUAAGAACACCUUUAAACAAUUUCUUCAAUAAGCCAGGAGCUGGAUCUUCCCCAAACUUGAUCUGUAGCAUGAUUAUAAGGUCCUCUUCCAAAUUUGUUCAAAUAGGGGCACUUGACGUUCAGUGGAUCUUCAUCAAACUUUGUCUGUAGCAUAAUUAUAAGAUCUUCUUCCAAAUUUCUUCAAAUGGGGGCACUUGGCACCUUGUAGAAGCCACUAGAGCUAAAAAUAGAUAAAACUUUAAAAGACUUCUUCUCAUUAUCCGCUUGAUGGAUCUUCAUCAAACUUGGUCUGUAGCAUCAUUAAAGGUCCUCUCUCAAGUUUUUUUUUCAAACGGGGUCAGUCUUCCCCUUUUUGAAGCAACUAGGGCUAAAAUAAAAAUAACAUUAACUGCUUCUUCUUACGACUGUGUGUUUGAUCUCUUGCAAACUUGGUCUAUAGCAUCAUUAUAAGGUCCUCUCAUAAUUUUGUCCGAAUGGGGGCACUUGUUGCCUUUUGAGAGUCGCUAGAUCGAAAAUUAGAAAUACAUUUAAACUACAUCUUGUCAUGAGCCGCUAGAUGGAUUUCCAUCAACCUUAUUAUGUAGCAUCAUUAUAUGGUUCCCUCUGCCAAGUAAUACAAAUGGGGACACGGCAUUUUUUUGGUCACUAGAACGAAAAAAUAGAAAUACCUUUAAAAAACUUCUUCUAAUAACUCACUUGAUGGGUCUUCAUCAAUCUUGGUCUGUAGCAUCAUUAUAAGGUCGUCUCCCAAUUUCUUACAAAUGGGGGCACUUGGCCCUUAAAGUUAGAAUAAGAAAUAACUUUAAACGACUUCUCCUCAUGAACGGCUGGAUGGAUCCUCAUCAAACAUGGUUUUUAGCAUCAUUAUAGAGUCUUCUCUCAGAUAUGUUCAAAUUAGGGCAGUCGGCACCUUUUAAGGGCUGCUAGGUCUAAAAAUAAAAACAGCUUUUAAUGAUUUCUUCACAUGAACUGCCCGAUGCAUUUUCAUUACACUAGGUCUGUAGAAUAUGGUCCUCUCCAAAAUGUAUUCAAUUUGGGGGCGGUAGGCCCUUUUAAGGCUCGCUAGAUUUACAAAUAAAAAUGCCUUUAAAUUACUUCUUCUCAUGAACUGAUCGCUGAGUUUUAAUAAACCUUGUCUGGAGUAUCAUAUCAUUAUAAGGUCCUACACCAUGUUUGUUCAAUGCGGGGUACUUGGCCCAUUUUAGGGGCCACUAGAGCUUAAAGAUAGAAAUACCUUUAAAGUACUUCAUUAAACUUGAUCUGUAACAUCAUUAUAAGGUCUUAUGCCAAAUUUGUUUAAAUGUGGGUCUUUUAGCCCCUUUUAGGGGCUAGAGUGAAAACAGAAAUAGCUUUGAUUGAUUUCUUAUAAUGGUUAUGCGUUUUUGGUGUGUUAAAGCAAAAUGUAGAAAAAACAUUUUGAAUAACUUUUGUUUUAAUGAACUGUUAAAGUAUUUUAACCUAACCUAGUUAAAAGCAAAGUCAGAUGAUUAUGGUUUUCUUCAGGUGAGCGACUUAGGUCCAUGUGGGCCUCUUUUUAUAAUAACUCUUUCAAAAUUUCAAAAUCUUUCAAAUUGAUAAAAUUAUCACUUAGAUAUGAAAUACAAUCAGAAAAAUGUAUUUUAAAGACUUAUCAAAGAUACAGCAAAAUCAAAUAAUUGAAUCAGUAAAAAAAUAUUUAUUUUAAUAUCUCCACUGAUUAUUUAAGGAAUGUGUAAAUAUUUCACGAAAAACAAACAGCAAUUAAAUAUCUCUCGUUUUAUUGCUUAUUGAAGUUUUCAAAUACCUUCAUGCCAGACUAUAUUUGUAAAAGUGAUAGUUAAGUAAAUAAUCUGGCAUAAGUUGAUGUAAGUUGACUUAUUAAAGGUCAACGUAAUUGAAAAGUAGAGUUAGGGAUGGGUCACUCAUCGAAAUACAAUUAUGAAUGUACGUAUAAAGUGAACUUUUGCGUUUGUUUGAUAUUCUUGAAGUAUUUAUUACGGGAUAUCAUUUUUUAUUACUUAUUGAUGUCAGAGAUAAAUAUACAUAAGACUAAAAGUAUACGAAGGAUUUCAUACAAAAGUAUGCUUAAAGUUAAUAUCUCGUUGUUAUUGUAUGUUGUAUCAUUUGAUUUUUGUGUUAAAAUGAAAUUUACUGUAAAAAUAUGUCUUUCAGAAAUUGAGAGAAAAAAAACUAUAUACUGGUUAAAAUCUUUAUUAAACAUUUACAAUAGAGACAGCACAACCUUCAUCUAGAGCUAAAUAGAACAUUAUACUUUAGAAAUAUCCAAUCACUCCUAGUAUAAACACCGAAUCAAACUGUGCAUACUGUUUACCAAUUUAUGGAUAACAAACAUUAUUUUUUGGGUAACUUUAUCGAUCGAUAGAAGGGUAAGUAAACCGAGUACCUAAGAAUUCUAGCAAAUGUCAAGCACUAACAGAUGAAUGUUGGCACCCAAAGGCGAUACUCUCGACACCAGUACUUGUUUUCCAGGAAGUGGAAUGGAGAGUGGUUCAAAUAAGAGUUAAAAUAAAUUAAUAUAAACUAAACACACUUGUUGUUCAAAGCCAGUGUGACGCAUUUUUGAUCUCAGUGUAUAGAUAAAUGUUUAGUACUUUAUUGAUAACUUAAUGUUAACUGAUCUAGUUUUGUGAUAUCAUGUCAGUUAGUUGUUUAUAUUCUAUGGUGUUGCAGAAUGUUCUACCACAAUACUGAUAACAGGUUGUUACAUUUUUUUAAUGUCUAGUUGUUCUUGUUUUUCCGAGAAUAUUCCUUUUUUUCUUGAUGAUACUUGUAAUUUUUAAAACCUUCCAUGAUAUUUCAAAAGCAAGCUAUCUGAAGACAUGGUAGAACCUAAAAGUAAGAACUUACUGAAAAACUUUCCUGCAUUUGUUAUUUUUAUGAAUUUUUUUUAUUAUUGUUAAUAGUUUCUGGUUUGGUUUUCUACUACUUUUACUUACUGUAACAAGCAAUUGUUAUCCUUUGACGUAACAGAAACUACUCUCGGUUACAAAUGCAAUUGUUCCAGAUUGUUCAAAUACUGACUUUUCGAUAUUAGAAUUGUGUCUAUGUAACUGUUCUAAAGCGAUUAAAGGCUUGCAGUAACAAUUUAUUCCAAAUUUUGACGAUUUCUACCAAAUUUUAUGGAUUAAAAUAUCCCACCCACCCUAGUAACAUUAUUGCCAUUGUUAAUCACAAGUAAAAUUACCACAACAACUCUAUUUUGUAUGCGAACACGAUCCGUAGCAAUUGCUAUAUAAGCAUGAAGAAUCGCUGUUCUAUUUCACCCUACGAUGUUAACAGAUGUUCUACUGUGCUUCCAUCGUGCCGUCAACCUUACCGAUUAGUUACUAGUUAAACAUCAGUGUCAUGUUUCUGGUCGUGUGUUUUACAAUUUCUCCAGUGCAGUUAUAAUGCAGGCAUCAUAAAUGCAAACUACUAUCCAAACGUCCAGACUUUUACUGUUUACUUAGUUUAUAUGCCGCAAUGUUCUGGUGUUUUUUUUUACUAUUUGUGUAUUGCAGUGUCAUUAUUGGUUAGUGACGUGUUUUAUUUUUCGAAACUGAAUAGACUUUAUAAACUUUGAAUAAAGUAUUUACUUCUGAUUUCUUUUAUAUCAAACCUGAGAUGUUAUUGGAAAUAACAUUUUCGCAGUUGUUAUUACUUUAUACUUUAAUUAAGAUUUAUGUAAUAUCGAAAAAUUCCGCUAUGGAACGCUUUCCAAUCAUGAGGUGUUUGUAACAGCAUAUAGCUCGCCGAAUGACGUAUGGAGCUAAAAUGUAGCGCUGUAAAAUGCGAAGAAUUCAUUUAUUUAGAAUCGAAAUAAUAAAUAUGUUCCAAUAAUUUCAUCAGUUGAUAAAAUAUGGCUAGUCUUUCAGAUGCGUAUAUUUAAAUCACUCGUGCUACGCACUCAUGAUUUAAUUAUUACGCAUCCGAAUUCCUGCCCAUAUUUCAUUAACUGAUAAAAUAUAGGGACAUAUUUAUUAUUUCUGAAUUAACAUUAUACAAUUGUGUUAAGAUUCAUAAUUAUAUAUAUUUUCAUGAGAAAAUGUAAUAUUUUGCAAUCAGUUUAGAUUAUAGACAAUAUGCAUGUUAAUGUAAUACAUUUGAAUCACAUACUGUUUCUCAAUAAAUCGAGCCAA